CGCGCUAACAUGAUAGGUUACAUUAAGAAGACUUGAUUCUUACUUGUUGGGUUGGUUGUUGCCUUCGUACCUUCUCUACUAUAUAUUUGAAUUCAACUCAUCUUAUUUAGCAAUCUUUUGGUGAAGUAGUAGUGUUGUAAAACUGGCUGAAAUGGCACAUUUAAGCACAGUCUUUCACAAGGCGAGUGGCACACUUGCCAUGAGUGAAAUGCAACAUGAACCUCRKCCAUUGACGAAUGCUAAACAAAGACGGCUUUCUCGUCCAAAUACCAUCGAAGAAAUACGAGUUAAAAGACGAAAAAGAAAGCAAAAAAAGCGCAAGGAAGACAAACAGAUGUCUAAGAAAGCGAAGAGGAUGAUGAAAGCACGAAAGCUGGAGUUGCAAAAGGAAAAAAUUAAUAAGGAAUUAGAAGAGAAAGCUUUGUAUGGCAAAGAGCAACGAAAGAGAGCAUUAUAUUUUUGGAAAAAAUGGCGGGAAGAGCGACGAUUGGAUAAUAACGAAUGCAU